UAUUUGUUUGAAUAUUCAGAACUGUGUUGGGAUCGGAAAGUUGUAUGGAUUUAAUUUUUCGACCUUGAGCAAUGGCUACGAAUGAUGAUACCUUCGAUCAGCUCGAAGAAGAGCAGCAGCAGCAACAGGGAUCGACGAAUGAAGGGGAUCAGCUGCUACCCGGAGAUAAGCGAAGAAGACUUUUUUCCAAGGAGUUGAGGUGCAUGAUGUAUGGGUUCGGUGACGAUCAAAACCCUUACACGGAGUCUGUAGAUUUUUUGGAAGACCUUGUGAUUCAAUACAUUGCGGAAACCGUGAGUUUCUACCAAACGCAAAAGGCAGCCGAAGUUGGUCGGCACGGGAAAGUGGCCGUGGAGGACAUCGUGUAUUUGGUUCGCAGAGAUGCUAGGAAAUAUGCCCGUGUCAAGGAUCUCCUCUCGAUGAACGAAGAACUCAAGAAGGCGCGGAAAGCGUUCGAUGAAGUCAAAUAUGCAGGAAUGUGAUACUAUUUUUCCGAGUGCAAAUACAAUGUACAUUAUUUAUCA